CAGCCUUGAAUGGGGAGGGCAGUACAGUCGCCUGGUCGUUCUGCCUCCAAAUCUGCUGACCCAGCUUAGGGCCACCGGCCCUCUUCACGAGUAUGAUGUGAUUCCAACAUCAAUGGCCGUUUGGAUGAUCACGGAAGCUCUGGUGGUACAAAUUGCGAGUCGCAACAGAUCUCUCUAGUUGCAAAUUGCUGUGGGAAUCGCCGCCCUAGAGGCAAGAUCAUCAGGCCCGCCUCAGUAGCACACAUUAAUACUGUAUAUCUAAUCUAGUGUCUGUUCCAUCGCUCCGACCAGUGAAAAAUCAAUGAAACACACAGUAUUAUCAGUCGAGUACUGGGUACUCCUCCUCGUCCUUAACUCCUCACACCCCCCAACUUCCCGCCAAGAAUCAUCAGAGUGAGGUUUGCCGCAGCCGGUCUUGGUCGCCGGCCGCCCGCCUUUUCCAUUCAUAGUACAAACGGCCGUGAUCUUGUGCAGUUCCGGGAAUCCCCUAGUCCUCUGAUCCUCUUUUCUCUUGCGCCUUUUGAUGUCAUCUUCCCACCCGGUUUGUUUUGUUCUCUCCUUCUUUUGCCAUCCCCAGCUCUCCUCCAUUCUUUCACAGUACAAAGCGCCACCGGCUUCCAAAGUUCACUCCCUUGAAGUGAGGGUUUUUGUUCGAAAGGUACUUGUGAGAGCUGAGACAAGAUCAUAGGAAGGGUACCAUCCUACGGUUUGAAUAUCUAAAGUUGACCAUUUUUUAAGUCCUAGAAGCUUUUCCUGUCGGCUUGGGUGGGUGUUCUUGAAGCUUGGGCAGGUCGGCCGCCACACUGAUGAUGAUGGAUUUGUUGGAUCCGUGAAGGCUUAUUGCUGGAAGGGAGGACCGAAUUCCUAGGAAGUUCUUGCCACUGAGAUUUUCUGACUUGCUAACCAUGGAAGGAGGAGAGCAAAAAGUUCAGUUAUUUCUUGAUGCGGCGCCCAAAGACGACAUCCCCAUCGCCGCCAAGUCCCUCACCAUCAAGACGACCAAUGCUACCGGAAGCCGCGGCGGCUCCGACUGGUCGAUCCCCUCCUCGCCGUCGCCGCCGUCCUCCGCGUUCGUCUCCGCGCUGCAGUCCCCCUACAUCUCCCCUCGCGUCGCUGAGCCGCCGCCCCCGCGACAUCAAGAAUCCCCCCAGGUCUCCAGUGCCGCCCAGGCCGCCGCGCCUUCGCCGGCGUCCCGGACGGACGGGUUCCGCUCGGACGACACCGACGCGCCGACGAGCGCCUCCCGCACACCGCCGUCGGGGCGCUACGACUCUCGAGCCAUCGACCUGCUCCGCUCUUCCGAUGGCGGCGGCGGGCCGGCGCCGCGCGUGUCCUUCUCCUUCCCCGUGCCGCGCGUCUCGCUCACGCGGGGCGCUGUCGCGUCGCCGAUGUCCAACGGCAAGCUCCGGAGCUGCGACGUCUACAUCGGGUUCCACGGCCAGGGGGCUCCCCUCACCAGGUUCUGCAGGUGGCUCAAGGCAGAGCUGGAGCUGCAGGGGAUCGCUUCCUUCAUGACCGACCGGGCUAGGUACUCCGGCGCGCACAGCCAUGAGGUUGCAGACCGUAUCAUCUGCUCGGCGGCUUUCGGCAUUGUGGUUGUCACCGUUUCCAGCUUCCUCAACCCGUUCGUCCUCGAGGAGAUCCGGUUCUUUGCUCAGAAGAGGAACCUGGUGCCUAUCUUGUUCGACACCCGGGUGCCGGACAUUGCAGGGCUGUUUGAUGGCAAGCCGGAAGAUAAGGAGGGGAUGGAGGCGUUCGAGGGGCUAAUGCGGUGCCAUGAGCUGAAGCUCGAGACAGAUGAGAGCAGCUGGAGGAGGUGUGUGUCAAGGGUGGUCACCGUGCUGCAGUCGAAGCUUGGCCGAGGGGCAAUUGGCGAGAAGGAGAGUGAUGAUGGGUUGCCAUUUCCGCGGAACAAACAUUUUAUUGGAAGAGAGAAGGAGCUUGCUGAGAUUGAGAGAAUGUUUUUCGGGUGCACCGGGGAUGUUGAAGAUCUUGAGUGCCCAAGGAGCACCAUGCCUAAUUGUGAAACCAGUGGUGUGUCAGAUGGAUUCGCUGAUAAGGAUAGUGACGCGGUGAUGACAUCUAAUGGCGAGUUCAGCAGCUUUGAGUUGCCCAAGUGCAAGCAGCCUAUGUUGGAGACAUUGGUUGAUCUGGCGAUCGAGCCGCCAUCGGUAAAAGGGAGAAGCCUUCAGAAGGAGAGAUCAAAGCACAGGAAGUCAAGAUUCAGGUGUGACAGCAAGGAUCAUGCCAAUGGCAAUGUGAUCUGCAUCAGUGGGAUUUCAGGCAUUGGCAAGACAGAGCUGGCAUUGGAGUUUGCAUACCGGUACUCACAGCGGUACAAGAUGGUGUUAUGGAUUGGAGGCGAGGCCAGGUACUUGAGGCAGAAUAUACUGAAUCUGUCGAGGUAUUUGGGGUUGGAUAUCAGUGCUGAGGCUGAGAAGGAGCAUGGCAGGAUUAGGAGCUUUGAGGAGCAAGAGUUGGAUGCUUUUCAAAGGGUGAAGAGAGAGCUUUUCAGGGAUGUGCCCUACUUGCUUAUCAUUGAUAACCUCGAGAGUGAGAGGGAUUGGUGGGAAGGGAAGGACCUGCAAGAUUUCAUACCAAGGAGCACAGGAGCAAGCCACGUCAUGGUGACGACACGGCUACAACGUGUGAUGAACCUUGAACCAAUGCAUCUUCCGCAGCUCUUAUUUCAUGAUGCUAUGGUCCUGAUAAAAGGAAAAAAGAAGAAGGAUUACCCUCCUGAGGAACUAGAAGUUCUGAAGAAAUUUGAUGAGCAGCUGGGACGACUAAGCUUUGGGCUGUGGCUUGUUGGUUCACUGUUGUCUGAGUUGAUGGUUGAUCCUUGUAUUCUGUUUGAUGCUGUUGAGCGGGUAUCGUUAAAUGAUAACAUGAUUGUGCUCAGUUCCAGCGAGGAAAACUUAUGGCAGAACAAUCUAUUUCUGAUUAAGGUGUUAGUCUUCUGCUUCGCAUUGAUGGACCAGGUGAAAGGAGGUAGCCUUGCCUUGAGGAUGAUCACAGUAGGUUCUUGGUUAGCUCCAUCUCCCAUAUCGUCAACCCUACUAGCUGCCAUGGCCAGCAAGCUACCAACAAAAGCCAAUAGCCUUCAGUUGUGGAGUGCAUCACUUAAGACCGUGCUUUUGUGCGGCACACACUGCUUCCUACCACCGCAAGCAAGGAAAGCUGAGGUGGAGUCAGCACACUUACUAGUUAAACUUGGCUUGGCGCGAAAAACAACUCAACGUGCAGGUUGCUGGAUUCAACUUCACCCAAUUGUGCAGCUGUUCGGCAAGAUCAAUGGUAGUUUGACACAGGCAUCUGCAGCAGUAUCUGGUGUCAUAAGGACUGGCAAUAUGUCUAUGUACUCAGACCACAUGUGGGCUAGUGCAUUCCUUUUGUUUGGCUUCAAAUCAGAGCCACCUGUGGUUCAACUUAAGGCAGUCGACCUGGUGCUCUUCAUCAAGAAGAUAGCACUACCCUUGGCAAUACAGGCAUUCAUGACAUUCUCGCGCUGCAGUUCGGCAUUGGAGUUACUCAAGGUGUGCACCAACAUCCUUGAGGAUGCGGAGAAGUCAAUUGCAUCACGAUUACAGGACUUGCAGCAGGGAUCACUGUGCUGGAAGAAGAAACUGCGAGCAGACAACCAUGUGGAUGAGUUCAUUUGGCAUGAGAUGACACUGCUGAAAGCAAUGCUGCUUGAGACAAGGGCGAAGCUACUGAUGCGAGGAGGAUUAUUUGACAGCGCCGAGGAGCUGUGCAGAACUUGCAUCAGCAUCAGGACGGUCAUGCUUGGCCACGACCAUGCCCAGACAUUGGCAGUUCAGGAGACACUUGCAAAGGUGGUUAGAUACAGGAGUAAAAUCUGAGACGACGCAGAACCAUGUGAGCUGUUUGACAAGCAUCCAGAUUUUCACAUUUGUUCUUGGCUCUCAGAAAUUAGCUAUAUUUAGCAUUCCUGGUCACGGCACGCUUUUGUCUGGUCGCAAAAAUAGCUAGUCUGAUGAGAUAAUGUGUAACUUGACAGCUUAUUUAACCAACUUGCUAUGUACAGUUUGGCCUCCUAAUUCCUACCACUGAAUUUUGCAGAUUUUAAUUUGAGUAAUAUGGAUGAGUUCUCUGA